CUGCUAUCUAACCUCGAUCCCUCCAGCUGCAAAGUCAGCUCCUCCUCUGUGCAAGGAGUGGGAGCACCACAGGAGGCAAAACCCAAUAGGGCUUCCUCAGGGAGGUGGCUGUGUUCAUUUGCACCUCAUCUCUGCCUCCAAAAAGGAGCUUCCCAUUUUGAUGGGGGCAGGGGAUAUCUCUCUUUUCAGGAGCAAAGCUCUCAUUCUCCCUUCAUUCUCUUGCCUACAGAUAAGCCUGACUUCCUUCUCCUCCUCCUUUGACCAAUGGGAAGUCCCUCCAGCGGUCUAACUUCCAUCCCUCCAGCUGCAGCAUCAUCCUCUAGCUCUGCGAAAGCUCCCUCCCCGCCCCUCCUGCCCUCCCUCCCUACUCCAGGUCCUCGGCUUCUCAUCCCCGGAACGAUGUCCUACUUCGCUUGUCCUUGCUCUCGCCGCUGCCGCCGGGAACCGACGCAGAGAAGGCAGCGGGUCCCGUGACCGUCCCGAGCCCCCCGCGUUCCCGGCCCCGGGGAAGGGCGGGGCAGGAGCCGGGAGGGGGAAGAAAGGGGGUUUUGUGCGGCGCCGGGCCGGCCGGCGCCCUCUUCCGGGCGUCCUGCGGGCCAGGCCUCUCCUCGCGCCCGCGCAGUCCCCGCCGCAGUCUCGGCUGCAGCUGCAGGACGGGCGGCGGGCCCGGCGGAGACCCCCAGAGGAGGCGACAAACUUCUCAGGACCGUCCCCCAACGCCAGCCCUGGCUAGAUAACACCAAUGAGAUCCGUGGACAGAGUUACCAAGAGACCCGCCCCCAGCACUGCCAGUAUCUAUGUGUUAGUCCCUCCACCAGCCUGCAGCAUGGCCCCACUCCUCCUGCCCCUGCUGGCAGUCCUGGCUCUGGCCCAGCUCCCUGCAGCCUUAGCUGAUGUCCUGGAAGGUGACAGCUCAGAGGACCGCGCCUUCCGCGUGCGCAUCGCGGGCAACGCGCCGCUGCAGGGCGUGCUCGGCGGCGCCCUUACCAUCCCGUGCCACGUACACUACCUGCGGCCGCCGCCCAGCCGCCGCGCAGUGCUGGGCUCUCCGCGGGUCAAGUGGACCUUCCUGUCCGGGGGCCGUGAGGCGGAGGUGCUAGUGGCCCGAGGAGUGCGCGUGAAGGUCAACGAGGCGUACCGGUUCCGCGUGGCACUGCCUGCCUAUCCCGCGUCGCUCACCGAUGUCUCCUUGGCGCUGAGCGAGCUGCGGCCCAAUGAUUCAGGCAUCUACCGCUGCGAGGUCCAGCAUGGCAUCGAUGACAGCAGUGACGCUGUGGAGGUCAAGGUCAAAGGGGUCGUCUUUCUCUACCGAGAGGGCUCUGCCCGCUACGCUUUCUCCUUUACCGUGGCCCAGGAGGCCUGCACCCGCAUCGGAGCCCGCAUUGCCACCCCGGAGCAGCUCUAUGCCGCCUACCUUGGGGGCUAUGAGCAAUGUGAUGCCGGCUGGCUGUCGGACCAGACUGUGAGGUAUCCCAUCCAGACCCCGAGAGAGGCCUGUUACGGAGACAUGGAUGGCUUCCCUGGGGUCCGGAACUAUGGAGUGGUGGACCCGAAUGACCUCUAUGAUGUCUACUGUUAUGCUGAAGACCUAAAUGGGGAGCUGUUCCUAGGUGCCCCUCCAGAUAAGCUGACGCUGGAGGAAGCACGAACAUACUGCCAGGAGCGGGGUGCAGAGAUUGCCACCACGGGCCAACUGUAUGCAGCCUGGGACGGUGGCCUGGACCGCUGCAGCCCGGGCUGGCUGGCCGAUGGCAGCGUGCGCUACCCGAUCGUCACACCCAGCCAGCGCUGUGGUGGGGGCCUGCCUGGUGUCAAGACUCUCUUCCUCUUCCCCAACCAGACGGGCUUCCCCAACAAGCACAGCCGCUUCAACGUCUACUGCUUCCGAGACUCUGCUCGGCCCUCUGCCCUCCCUGAGGCCUCCAACCCAGCUUCUGACCUGGCCUCUGAUGGACUAGAGGCCAUUGUCACAGUAACAGAGACCCUGGAGGAACUGCAGCUGCCUCAGGAAGCUGUGGAGAGCGAGUCCCGUGGCGCCAUCUACUCUAUUCCCAUCAUGGAGGAUGGAGGAGGUGGAAGCUCCACUCCAGAAGACCCGGCAGAGGCCCCUAGAACCCUCCUAGAAUUUGAAACCCAAUCCAUUGUACCACCCACGGGGUCCUCAGAAGAGGAAGGCGAGGCACUGGAGGAAGAAGAGAAGUAUGAGGAUGAAGAAGAGAAAGAGGAGGAUGAAGAAGAGGAGGACACAGAGGAUGAGGACCUGUGGGCAUGGCCCAGCCAGUUCAGCAGCCCAGGCCCUGAGUCUUCUUUCCCUACGGAACCAGCCCAGGAUGAGCUGCCCUCCCAGGAAUCCCCGCUGGCAAAAGCAGUCCUGCAGCCUGGAGAAUCACCACUUCCUGAUGGAGAGUCAGAAGCUCCCCGGCCUCCAAGGGUCCAUGGACCACCUACUGAGACCCUGCCCACUCCCAAGGAGAAGAACCUAACAUCCCCACCACCUUCCACACCAGCUGGGGCAAGAGAGGUGGGGGAGGAAACUGGUGGUCCUGAGCUAUCUGGGGUCCCUCGAGGAGAGAGUGAGGAGACAGGGAGCUCGGAGGAUGCCCCUUCCCUGCUUCCAGCCACACAGGCCCCUGAGGGUACCAGGGAGCUGGAGACCCCCUCCGAAGACAAUUCUGGAAGAGCUGCCCCACCAGGGACCUCAGUGCAGGCCCAGCCAGUGCUGCCCACUGACAGCGCCAGCCGAGGUGGAGUGGCCGUGGCCCCCUCAUCAGGUGACUGUGUCCCCAGCCCCUGCCACAAUGGUGGGACAUGCUUGGAGGAGGAGGAGGGGGUCCGCUGCCUAUGUUUGCCUGGCUAUGGGGGGGACCUGUGCGAUGUUGGCCUGAGCUUCUGUAGCCCUGGCUGGGACUCCUUCCAGGGCGCCUGCUACAAGCACUUUUCUACACGAAGGAGCUGGGAGGAGGCAGAGACCCAGUGCCGGAUGUACGGCGCGCAUCUGGCCAGCAUCAGCACGCCGGAGGAGCAGGACUUCAUCAACAAUCAAUACCGGGAGUACCAGUGGAUCGGGCUCAAUGACCGGACCAUCGAAGGUGACUUCCUGUGGUCGGAUGGCGUCCCCCUGCUUUAUGAAAACUGGAACCCUGGGCAGCCUGACAGCUACUUCCUGUCUGGAGAGAACUGCGUGGUCAUGGUGUGGCAUGAUCAGGGACAAUGGAGUGAUGUGCCCUGCAACUACCACCUGUCCUACACCUGCAAGAUGGGGCUGGUGUCCUGUGGGCCCCCGCCAGAGCUGCCCCUGGCUCAAGUGUUUGGCCGCCCACGUCUGCGCUAUGAGGUGGACACAGUGCUUCGCUACCGAUGCCGGGAGGGACUGGCCCAACGAAACCUGCCUCUGAUCCGCUGCCAGGAGAAUGGUGACUGGGAGCCUCCCCAGAUCUCCUGCGUGCCCCGAAGGCCUAUCCUUCACAGUACAUGGAACAUAGUAGAUGCUCAGUAAAUGGCUGCUGAAAAGUGAUGAUCACCAAGGCAGGAGGACCACUUCAGCC